UGCAAUAUGCUUCCAAAUUACCGGAGACACAUCCUCUGUCUCGUGCGCCUCUGAGCGCGGGAUCUAAGUUUUUUUUUGCCGUUAAAGCUUCCGCGGAUUUUUUUCACCGCAGCAAAAGGAGAAAAAAAAAAAGCAGGAGCGCGGCUUUCUGCUGAUGCUGCAGUGUCCAGUCUUCCCAGUUCUCCCCAUCAGACUGGGAGCUUUAUAUCUUGUUUUUCUCUGCACCAGUCUCCGUCCUCUCCCUCCUUCAUCUCCAGCAUGAUUUUUCCAAAUUGUCAGUCAGGAUUUUUGCUGCUGAGCUGCGGUUUGAAGCCGUCUGAAGCCUCCUCCUCCUCCUCCUCCUCCUCCUCCUGCGGGCUGCUCCGAUCGACGCUGAAAACCUACACCAAGAGGAUACGGAUGUUGACCAAGACAACAUAGUCUAUUAAUUUUUCAGAGAUACUGUAAAACGAUAUCAGUAUUAAACCCAAGUGGGGAAAGGUGUGCGCUGGUGAGGACAUUCCUUCCAUCCGCUGCUCUCCAGCUCAGCUCAGGUGACGAAGCAUCGCUGAGAGAAAGAUGUUCAGCUCGGAGAUGAUGAUGAUGAUGGUGGUGGUGAUGAUGAUGAUGGAGAAGGAGGCUCUGCACAGCUCGCGGCCUCAGUAGAGGCUUCCUCACUUCGACCUGCUGUCCUUCACCUUCACGCCGCUUCCUCUUCCUGUCCUCCACCCGCCAGGAAGGAUGACCGUGGUGUCCACAGAGAACAUGGACGAGACCUCCACCCUGCCGGGACACCCGCAGGACCCCUACCCGCCCGACGACGACCACGACGACCACGACUGCUGCGAGCGGGUGGUCAUCAACAUCUCAGGGCUGCGCUUCGAGACCCAGCUAAAGACACUAGCCCAGUUCCCCGAGACUCUCCUCGGGAACCCCAAGAAGAGGAUGCGCUACUUUGACCCUUUACGAAACGAGUAUUUCUUCGACCGGAAUCGCCCGAGUUUCGACGCUAUCUUGUAUUAUUACCAGUCAGGGGGACGGCUACGAAGACCGGUCAACGUGCCGCUGGAUAUGUUCUCAGAGGAGAUAAAGUUUUAUGAACUCGGCGCGGAGGCCAUGGAGAAGUUUCGAGAGGAUGAGGGAUUUAUCCGGGAGGAGGAGCGGCCCCUGCCAGAGAAGGAGUUCCAGCGCCAGAUCUGGCUCCUCUUUGAGCAUCCAGAGAGCUCAGGGCCCGCCCGGGGAAUCGCCAUCGUCUCAGUGAUGGUUAUUCUUAUUUCAAUAGUUAUAUUUUGUUUGGAGACAUUACCAGAGCUGAAGGAGGAUCCCAGCCAGCGGAUGCGCCAGAUCGGGAACACCACCGUGUUUUACAAAGCAAAUGUCCUCACAGACCCUUUCUUCGUGGUGGAGACGCUCUGUAUCAUCUGGUUUUCUUUUGAGUUGAUAGUCCGGUUUUUCGCCUGUCCCAGCAAGGCGGCUUUCUUUAAAAACAUGAUGAACUCUAUUGAUAUUGUGGCUAUAAUCCCAUACUUCAUCACACUUGGAACAGAGCUGGCCGACGACCAAGACAACAAGGAGGGGAAGGGAGGAGGGGAACAGGCCACAUCUCUGGCUAUUCUCAGGGUAAUCCGUCUUGUGAGGGUAUUCAGGAUCUUUAAACUGUCCCGACACUCAAAGGGGCUCCAGAUUUUGGGGCAAACUCUAAAGGCGAGCAUGAGGGAGCUGGGCUUGCUCAUUUUCUUCCUCUUCAUCGGUGUGAUUUUGUUCUCCAGCGCUGUCUACUUUGCCGAGGCCGAGGAGAAGGAGUCGUUCUUCACCAGCAUCCCGGAUGCUUUCUGGUGGGCGGUAGUGUCCAUGACCACUGUCGGCUAUGGGGACAUGUACCCCGUGACCAUCGGGGGGAAGAUCGUGGGCUCGCUGUGCGCCAUUGCCGGAGUGUUGACCAUCGCACUCCCGGUGCCUGUCAUUGUGUCCAACUUCAACUACUUCUACCACCGGGAGACGGAGGGUGAGGAGCAGGCCCAGCUGCUCAAUGUCAGCAACCAGAACUUGGCGUCGGACAGCAACUCGAGCCGCCGCAGCUCCUCAGUGGUCAGCAAGUCGGAGUACAUGGAGAUAGAUGAGGACAUGAACAACAGCAUCGAUAACUUUAGGGAAGCGAACCUUAGGACUGCCAACUGCACGGCUCCCAGUCAGAACUGUGUGAACAAGGGGAAGCUGCUCACCGACGUGUGAGGCAGCGUCCAACGCACCAGUGUAAAUAUUGUAGAAAUAUCUGGAUGCUUUAUCUCCAUUGGUGCAUUUUAUUCUUCUUUUGCAUUGAAUCAUUCAAAACGUGUGUGAAGACUUUUCAGAGUUAAAGGCACACGUGGUAAAUUUAAGAUAGAAGCUCAGUUAUUUCAUGAAAACACAAAGACAGACUUGUUUGGCAAUAGCGCAGAGUUCAGCAGGUGUCGGGAAACGUUUUUGAUAAAUUAUUGACUCAAUCUGUACCAGUUUGAAAGAUGUUGGUGUUGAUGAAGCAGAAAGAGUAUUAAAAGACAACACUGCCAAUAUUUUGACCAUUCCAAAUUCACUAGCCUUCAUCAGACAGGAAGUGUCUAACAAAAGACAUUAUGGUCGAUAUGAAUGAGUUGCACUAUGGGAAAUGUAGGAACCAGUGCCCCGAAUUUCAGUCUCCGUUGCACCAAUUUUUACUAUUCUUUUAAGAUAUGUCUUAAAAGUGCUCCUUUAAUUGAUUUUUUUUUACCCAGAUGUGUGGACAUACAGCAGGUUUAGGCUGUUAAAGCACAACGUAAUUAUCUCUUAUAGGUCUCUUAAAUGUAAUUUAUAGAAUUACACCUGGGUUAAGAUGAAUUUAGAUGAAAAAAAAUCUUUAUCUGGAGCUUUUAAUGGCUACAGAUUGAUGCACAAGAGACAAAGAUGGGAGCAAAUGAAGUCAUGUGAGAGUAAGAUUUAGUUUGAGGGAGGGCAAAUUUAUUUGUGUAGCACCUUUCAACAGCAGGAUUAAAAUAAAACGGAAGAUAAAAAUAAGUUGCAAGAAAGUGCAAGAAAUGAAGACGCAAUCCCAAAGUUAGCUCAGUGAAAGUCAGUUGCAAACACAAAGGUUUGAGUUGACAAUAGAAAUUCAACAUGACUAAGUACACUGGAACAUGAAGGCACAAUUAAUUUGACAUUAAUUUAUCCAAAAAUUUCCUCGACACCUUUUCGGCUUUGUGCAAUAGACUCGACUAAAAAAACAAAACAAAGCCCAACUGAGAUUUGAAGAACACGUUCGUGGGCGACACAUUUCGAGUGGAUUACAGUUGAAGUUCAGGCGUGUUUUUCCGCGGCACAUCCAGGGACAUUUUGGGAAACUCGACGCCAGAUGUUGAUGGAUGUUUUUCAGGCACCUUAUCAGAAACAAACAGGAAGUGUGCCGAGCCUUGUGGAGGAUUAUCUGCACUGCUGCUGCUGCUAUAGGUCGGCUGGAGGUUCCCUGUAUGAUGCCAUGCAACACUCCUUUAUAUAAACGCAUGUGGAGACUCUCUUCUCUCUUAUAUCGGCAUGCACAAGACGUUACCUCAUUUUUAUUUUUACAUUUUUUUUUUCUUCCUGGACCUUCAUCUUCUCCUCCUGGAAUUUUUUCCCUCAUUUGUUUUCACCAAAAGUGCACUGGCUAUUUAUUAUUAUUUAUUUCAAAGCAUUUACGUGUUGAAUGUUGAAGCAUUAAGGGAACAGGAACACUUCUUUUUCGAAGAUCAUGGCAUGUCAAAAUACUAAAGCAUUAUGGCCUAAUUAGCUAUGGUAUAGCUAUGUAUACUCAAUGCAUGACUACAGUAUUAAAUUGCUUGCAGUUGUGGAGGGACCUCGGGAGCUGGGGGAUGAUGAUGAUUCUCCUCAUUAUUGUCAAGCUAACGACAGGAUACGGUGCAUGACGGAGCAAACUGCCGGAGGGGACAAACCUGCUAAAAGAAAAAAAAAAUAAAUAAAAUGAAAACAAGGCAAAAAAAAUCAGAAGAGACAUAUCCGACGAUCUCUUUAAAAAAAUGACACUUCAGAAAUAACAUCCUCCUUUUUCAUUUAUUUAAAGCUUUGAUCUUGAUGAUGGAGUGCAUGGGAUCAUUUUUAUGUGAUUUGUGACCCAAUUUCUUUUCUCUCUUGCAUUUGACUUUUAAACAGUUUGAAGAAGGAAAGCAGUAAUAUUUAACAAAUUUCAUAGAUAUAUCUAAAAUUAGUUUCUAGUGCCUUGAACCCCGUCUCAUUUUAGAAUUGACUAAAGUGCCUCCCGUUCCAAUAGACAGCAAAGAGCUUACUAUGUGCAGCUUAUCUUCUCCUGCCAUAAAGAUGCACUACUCCCUGCACACCUGGAAAAGAAGAGGGUAAUCGACUAACAUGUUUCGAUAAAGAUAUGAAUAUAUUCCAUAUUCUGGGGCCAGAUUACUGGGCCUGUGUAAACUCACGCUUGUCCUGGUUGAUGACACAUGGCUGCAGUGCACAGUGAGUGAGAUAGAGAAGUUAAAAUAUGGAUUAUUUGAACAAAAAUUCAAGAGAAACUCUGGUCUUUUGUUGGUCAGACACCUGCAGGUGCAUGAGUUUGACAUCCUUAAAGGGACGUUCCAGUAUUUUUCAACACAUUCUCAAAAUUGUGGCUGUUCUAACUGUGGGUCAUACUGAAGAAGAAACUAUAUUUACAUGCUUGUCUCAGAGUAUGAACAGAAAUAAAAACAUAAAUUACCCUCCUGGGUUAGCUGUAGAAACAUUAGCUAACAAAGUAGAGAUCUAGCCUACUUAUGAUUCAGUUUGUCGGCUAGUUGUUAGCACCAGGGAUUAGCUAUUAGUAGCUAACUGCAUAGGUUUGGGGCAACUAAAUGGCUAACCUAGCUAGCAAACCAAUUAUCAAACUAGUGUGUCUCAAAUUGCACACUUCUGUUAGUACACUUCAAAGUAGUACACUACGUAAAAAACUACGUUCUUGCAUGGUGCGAUUAUUUCAACAGCAUAAUGUGGUCUCAAAUCAUGCACUGCCAUUUUGCACUUACAAGAAGUGCCUCUUCUUCUUUGUCUUUUUUUAAAAUGGCGAACCAGAGGAGAAUUAUUGCCAACAUUUGACACCCACACUUGAACCAAACUUACACCACAGUGUCAGUGUUGAUUAACAUGUGCUGCUGUAUCUAGGAGUAGCUAGCAAAUGCUAACAGUAUCCAGUAGGCUAAGGGAAGCUUCCGCUAUGUCACAAAGAUGGCGACCCACCCAACUGUUUGGUUUUGAGUGUGACAGUAGUGCACUGCAUUUUCCCAUAGUAUGCAGUGUGGGCACAUUUAGUGCACUUGUGCACUCAAAAUAUUAAGUGUUCAGUACAGAAGUAUGCGAUUUGAGACACACUGUUGGAGACAAAUGCUGCGUUCAGUAGAACUCAUAAGCUUGUGUUAAUGACAUUGGAAGUUGUGAACACGAAGUCGUGUGUAAAUAUGGUCACUUCUCGUGAGCACGAUAAACAGGACCCCAUUUGAAUGCAGAAAUUAGCAUUACCAGGGAUUAGCCAUAAUAAAGGCAUAGGGUUGCAUUUAUGUGGCAACUAGACGGUUAACCAGCUAGCUGUUAGGUUAGCCAACAAUCUAUUUUUCAUCUACACUUAUCAAAACAUAUUUAUAAAUUCAUCGCCUAUAAAGCACUUAACAGAGGUAAACAGAUACUACAAUUGUUACUGUUUGGAUAAGCUAGUUAGCAACAGUAGCUAAAUCAGGGAGCUAAUCCUGCUGUACACAUUGGUUUGAAAUUUGAGAUAAGUAUUUGGAAAAAUUUAUGUAUAAUUUAAGUUUAUUUGGAAACUUCUAGAAAACUUCUUACGCCCUUUUUGUGUGUAUGUGUGUAUUUUCCAAAUUUUUACAACAACAAUGGUGUGUGCCAAGUUAGCAUGACCAAUUAGUCAGAAUGACCACAAUUAUGAGAAUAAUGGUGAAUUCCACUUGGACUGGGACGUCGGAAUUCCAAAAUUCCCAGUCGUAAACGUCAACUGGAACACUGUCCUGAAGUCACAUUUCCAACUGGGAAAGUCAGACGAACCUCAGCAACUCUGACCUAGCUAGAAAUGGUAUUUCUUGGAAUACGGUCAGUUUGGGUGUGACGUCAGUCUGAGGUUGGA